UAAGACCAGAGAACGUAUAUUAUAAUUCACGUUCUCUGUUAAGAUCAUCACGUUGCAAGACGAAUUUUCGAAUUUUUGCGAAAUUUGUGCAAGGAGUUUAAUACAAUUAAAUUUUACACAUUAUUGGCGUUAGUGAAAUAUUUCCAAUAUAAAAAAAUCGUGUAUUGUGUAUGUUUUCUUUUGCGCGAGUAUUGCGCGCCUCAAACUAUUUUUAGAGAAAAAUUAAAAACUAGUUUUACGAGUGCGUCAUGGACAAGAAUGGAGCAAUGGACAGGCGUUUCAGUUUAAAUAUGUCAACUUUACCCAAUCCAAUUGCAGAAUCAACAUGUGUAAACUUGAAUGGCACCACAAGUGCUAUUACUGAGAGAAAUAGCACUAUAAAUCAAUUUCGCUGGGGAGGUAGUCCUAUUAGUCAAAAAAAUCGUAGUAAUUCAAGCAUAUGUUUAAACAGCAGUAGUGCAAACAAAAGUACAGCAACCAGCCCACAGAGAGCUAGACUGAACCUGAGUAAAAUUGAUCCAAGAACAUAUGCAGAUGUUCAAAGUCGUGGGUUGGUGUCUCGUAUUAUACAAUAUCACGAAAGUAGCUCGCGUCUGAAUCGGAGUAAGUCGACCAGUAAUCUGUGCAGCAAAUCUGGCCAAUAUUCAAUAGCUCCACUUCAGAAAACUGAUUUACCUUACCGCGCAACACAGCAAAAUGUAGCAAUGACACGGAUUGCCCCACCAAAAAAAUCAAUUUUUUAUGGCAACACACUGUCAAGUUUACUUCGAUCGAAUUCUGUGAUUAGUGUUCAAAAAAGCGAUGAAGAAAUAUCAAGCGAAAACCGACCUAUUUUGCAUCCACCUCCAACAGAGAGUGAGCUGGCACCAACUCGCAGUGUUUUAGAUGUUCUGAAAGAGAUCUCACGCAAACGUAUAAAUAGUGAUGAUUCUGAUGGAAUACAUGACGUUAAUAAAAAAUACUGUAGCCGCGAAAGUAACGAUACGUCGUACGAUCCCUUAAGUGCUUCUCUUGGAGUUCGUGGCGUGGGAAUGCAUAACAUGAAUCCUCAAUCAAUUCACGUUCCAUCACAAAGUUUUAAAAGGCAGCGUGAGCAUAUAGUGAUUCCUUCAUCCCAUACUCAAAACAUGAAUAGCGCUUGUGGAACUACAUUUUCAAGUGUACGUUUACCAUUACAAACUCAACAUUCGCCAGAACAAAUAGCAAAGAAACGAUUGUGUAGUUUGAAUAACGAUAUAACCAGUUCUCUGAGUUCAAGUCUCAUACAUGCAAAUAAACGAAAAUUUUACGAGCAACAACGUUCAAACAAACAACGGUCACCACCAUCUGGUACAGAAGAGUAUGAGACACAAAAAUCGAAAAUGCAUCGUCAACAAUCCGAUCUGCGAUUCCAUCAAUUAACGCAGAGCUUGAGUUGUAAUACACCAAUAACGCCUAUACCAACGACACCUUCAUCUCAAAGUAAUAGCGUUGCGCCUGUACAUAAUAUUAUAGAAAACGGUACUGACAGAUUGACGGAAAGUGGAGGUAUAGUCAAACGGACUGUGUCAGAACCACCGUUGUUGCUAAAUAAUCAAACCCAAAAAAGGAAAGUAACAUUAUUCAAUCGUAACUACAAUGAAUCGACAAAACUUAUCAAAUCAGAUGGUAGUAAUGGAGAAAUAAUAGAGAAUACUGUUACUGUAGAUGAUGACGAAUGUGCUGAUAUACAAUUCGUGAAACCAAAAAAAAGUUCUUCUAUAGUAAACAAGAAAAAUCCACUGAUAGAACGCACCCAAAAGUCAAAACUAGCUAUGAUGCUAAGUGGUUUGCGUGGAGAAAUUUACCAAGGCGAAGAGGGGUACGAUGAGGUAGACAAAUUAUCCAAUAAGAAUUCAGGUAGCACAACAAAGGAAAGUAAUACCCCAACAAAAAAAGAUGUAUCCGUCAGUAAAGAGAUGACACCAAUGGCUUCUACGGCAACAGCAAUCUCGACACAAACUGCGGCUAAUUUCACUAUGAAAAAUCCAGAUAAAUCUACUAAAACAUUGACAAGUGUAUUGAUUCCACCUAUGUCGGCAUCUGAUAAUACUACAAAAAGUACUGCCUUAACAUCCACUGUUGAGGUCUCAUUAAGCAGUUCCACACCAAGCUUACCUAUGCCGACAGCUACAACAACAACUUCAAUACUUGGCGAUUUCAAAUUGGCACCGGCACCAGCUAAAAGCAGUAGCUUAGCUUCAACAAAUGCGUCCCCAAUAAUAAGUACAACAAGUACCGCUACAAAAACAGCAUCCCCACUGGUAGGUCUAAAAUUAACUCCGCAAAAACCUACGAAUAAUUUUGGUAGCAGUGUAAGCUCAUCCGCGCCUACAUUUAAUUUAAAUGACGCAACCGCAACCACCACGACAGCUUCCGCUACUUUGCCCCAACUUCAGGGAUUUUCAUUUGGAGCCCCCACUAAGCCCACUUCAACAACUGUAGCACCAGUAACAUCAACUGCUGUUGUUACCUCGUCGGUUAGUGUUGGCGGAUUUAAAUUUGGAUUAACAACGAAACCAGAAGUUUCAACAACGGUAGCUAGAGCUACAAAUGCAUCCGCAUUUGGCAACUUUGGAAACUCUAUGACAACAACAGCAACGCCAGUUUCUUCAGAAGCAGCAAAACCAGCAAUAACUUUUGGAGCAAACGCUAUUAGUACAAGCGCAACAGUUGUCAAACCCACAUUUAAUUUUGGUGGCAGCAUUGCAGCACCAGCCCUAACUGCAAGUACGACAUCUGCAACUGCUUUCAACCCUAUCGGCACUGGCACAUAUACCUUUGGCGCCGCAACUAAUACAACGACCACUUCGGCACAAUCGAUGGUAGUCCAACCAACUGUGUCUACAGCGCAAUCAGGAAGUGUAUUUGGUAGUAAUGCAACGAGUAAUACAUUUAAAGGUCCAACAGAUGCGGCCAAACCCUUCGCUUUUGCCACAACCACUAGUACCGCACAAAACACUUCUCCGCCAACAACACAACCGUCUUUUUCCUUUGGUGGCGCUGCUGUUACCACAGCAAACACCGGAGCUCAUGCUGCAACUGCCUCUAAUCUUUUCGCUUUUGGAGGUCAAAAGUCAACUGCUGUGACCACUACUGCAAGCACUCCCUUCUCUUUUGGUGGUAACAAUCAAAUAGCGGCCACAACAACCUCUACUACAAGUACAAUAAACGGCAACGUCAAUAAGUCGGCUUUCAACUUCGGUGGCGAAGAAAAGAGUGGCGCAAUCAACACAAAUUCUUCGAACGGUAAUCUUUUUGCAUUUGGUGGUUCACCAAAAACGGGCGAUAACAAGAUAUUUGGCAACAACAACAUUGCGGGUGCUAACAAUUUACAACCAGCAAGCGCCCACCCAAUUCAGCAGGCCGCAUUUACUUUUGGUGCGACUCCAACAUUCGGUGGCGUUAGCAGUGCAGCAACUUCGAAACCUGCAUUCGGCUCCACUACAACAACGGCAGCAACUACUCCUUUUGCAUUUGGUGGCAGCAAUGCCAAUAAAUCAACACCGACAUCCUCAACAGGAGGUACAAACAAUGCCUCCGCUGGAGGCUUUAAUUUUGGAGCGUCCAAUGCUGGUGCAAUCAAUGGCAGCAACACAUCAUCUACCAAUAUAUUCGGUGCAGCAACAUCAGCGUCUGCAGCCGGCACCAGCAUUGCGAAGACCCCAUUUAAUUUUGGUAGUGCAACCGCAAGUACCAGUGAUACCGCAAAAUCUAUAUUUGGUGGCAGUGCAACGAGCGGCAACACAAACGUCGCCAGCAGCAACAAUGCGUUUGGUGCGGUCACUGGUGCUAAUAGCAAUCAAACGAAUAAAACAUUUAGCUUCGGCGGCACUACAACGGUCAAUAACAACAACACUUCAUCGAAUCUAUUCGCCGCUGCCGGCAACAAGCCGUCAGCCGGAGGCUUUUCUUUCGGCACUAGUACAAUGGGAAAUAAGCCAGCAGUAUCAUCUAAUGCCACACCCUUCGCAUUCGGUGGUGGAUCAACAAACGGCGGUACAACUGCUACCGCCACCGCAGCACCGUUUAGUUUCGGCAGCAGCACGGGAGGAGCGCCAGCUAGCAAAACAUUCUCUUUCGGCAGCUCCGGUAAUGCCCCAGCGCCGCCAGCAGCAAAUGCAAGUAGCAUUUUCGGCGGUGCACAGCAAUCUUCCGCAACGACCUUUGGUUUCUCAGCGGGUGCAUCAGCUCCUACUGCACCUUCAACUGUGACAAAUAUAUUUGCGCCGCCCGCCGCACCUGCUGGAGCAGGUCAGAUUGCUGGCGGUGCUGCAGCAACAGAUCGUCCCAUACGUCGCGCUACACGUCGGCUGCAGAAAACUUAGUAACUAUAAGAACAGUUUUGACUUCGUAAUUGACAAAAGGAUUAAUGUUAUCAUCCCAUAGCUAAAAAUAACGGUUACUUAUAUUUAUUUAAAUAAUUGAAUAAUACAUAUUUUGGAAAACAUUUGUUAUUAAUGGUAUAUAAGUUAAAAAUAUAAGAGUCACAUACGUUCGUUACAGCAAGAUUGUUUAAAAAUAUGAAGGCAAGCAAAACAAAGCUCAAGGAAACUCAAUAAAUGCGACUAUAUACAACUUCUAAAUAAAAA